AUGUCGAACACUAGACUGCAGCUCCUGGCAUUGCUCCUGCUUGGAAUCGGCGGGGCUCAGGGCAAAUACGGGGACUUGGCCGGCAAUUGGCUGGUAGAUUACGGCCAGGCCGAGCUCCGUCUUCUCAGUGAUGAAAGCGAGCAGCUUCAGCUACACAUUUAUGAUGUCCAUCCCCAGGAUGCCACCUUGGACUACCGUUUUGUGGUACGCUCGAGGGACGAUCGGAGGGCCAUGGCGAACAAGACAGUGCCCGGCCAGGAAUUUGAUGCCAGCGGCAGUUGGCUGGGGACGGUGGACGUGACGGGCAAACGCUUCGGCUACAGCGACCUGCUGGUGGAACUGCACUCCGAUGGUGGCGCAAUCGAGGCGUUCCCUCAGCCACUGUCCAUAGCGGUGUUGCGGGAACGCGUGAUCGAUGAGCGGAUAACCACAUAUGUAUCGGCGGCGCUGGCUUUGCUGAUGUUUCUCAAUCUGGGCACCGUGCUGGAUCUGCAGCGCCUGCAGGACAUCGUGUGCCGGCCCGUGGGUCCUGUGGUGGGCAUCGUCAGUCGGUUCGUGGUAAUGCCAGCCCUGGGCUUUGGCCUCGGCCGUGCCCUCUGGCCUGGUCAGCAGCCCCUCCAGCUGGCGCUAUUUUACACGGCUCUGGCUCCCAGCGGCGGCCUGGCCAAUGUGUGCGCCGUGUUCCUCAAGGGGAACAUCAACCUGUCGAUUGCCACCACCACCAUCAACAGCCUGCUAGCGAUAGCAUUUAUGCCGCUGUGGAUCAUGGUCCUGGGCCGCCUCGUCUACGACGAUGAUGAGCUGACGGUGCCCUUUGGCCAGCUAUCGGGCGGCGCGGCGGCUCUGGUCGCCUGCCUGGCCGUUGGCCUUCUGCUGCGCCUGUGCGUGCCGAAGACGACGCGGUUUAUCUUCCGCUUCCUUAAGCCGCUGUCGGUGUUGCUCAGUCUGUGUCUGGUGGGGCUGACGGUGGGGCUCAAUUGGUUCGUCUUUGCCGAGUUCACCUGGCAGGUGCUGGUGGCAGCUCUGUGCCUGCCCCUUGCCGGCUAUCUGGCCACCUACUUGCUGUCCAAGCUGCUCUGCCGCUCGGCCACCGAUGCCCUGACCCUGGCCAUCGAAACCAGUGUGCUGAACAUGACCAUGCCCAUUGUCCUACUGCAGGCCAGUCAGCUGGAGCAGCCGCAGCUGGAUCUCAUCCUGGUGGUGCCUAUUACGGCAUCACUACUCUCCCUGGUUCUCGUCAUUGUCUUCUAUGGGGUGCGUCGCUGUCUCGGAUGGAAUGUGCGCCAGGAUGAGCAUGCCUUCGAUCACAAGCAGCUGAUCGCCGAGCACGACGAGGCCGUCUAUCAGCGACCUUGAGAGCGUCAGUUCCGCUCUGCCUAGUUUCCCGUUAUUUUUAAUUCCUAUGAUAAGAUAUAUGAAGAUAAGUUGGUAAAUAAAUUAAAUAGUUUCUUUCAUUUUGCGUAUCGCAGCUAA